UACACUUGAAGCUAAAGCAGAAAGCUGUGAUGAAGAGGAUGUUACAGUAAAUGGUUAAGAUUGAGGCGUGAACAGGGGGGCAGGCAGGAUGGUGAGAGGAGAAAGGGGAGGGAGAUGAAAUGAGAGUAGGCGGAGCCGGGAGACAGAUGCUGGCACAGCCUCAUCCCCUGCCUGCCUGCCUGCCUCUCAUCGCAGCCCCUUCCCGUGCUUAUCUAUCGCUCCUCCGCUCCUGCCUGCUUCUCAUCACAGCCCCCUCCCCUCCCCGUGCUUCUCUGUCGCUCUUCCGCUCCUGCCUGCCUCUCAUCGCAGCCCCCUCCCCUCCCCGUGCCUCUCUACCGCUCCUCCGCUCCUGCCUGCCUCUCAUCGCAGCCCCCUCCCCUUUCCGUGCCUCUCUACCGCUCCUCCGCUCCCCCUCUCACCAUUCUACCCACCGGCUGUGGGAGUGUUGGGGACGAUCGCUGCUCUCGCUCUCCUGCAUCCCGUCCUCAAACCAUGGACCCUACCAACUCCUCAAACCAUGGGAUCCUACCGACUGCCUGACUGGUUCCCACGCAGACACGUUUUGAUUUAGGAUCAUUCCUUACUUGGUCUUGGAGUUUGUAUUCUGACAUCUGAGGACUUGGUCUGCAGUCUCAUCUGGGUGCUGCUGCUGCAGGAAAACCUCCUGUUGUGUGUGUGUGCGCGGGCGUGUGUGUGUGUGUGCAUACUGUAUAUAUAAGUGUGUGUGUGUGUGUGUGAGUGUGUGUGUGUGUGUGUCGCUUGCCAUGCCUGGUCCUGAUAGCGUCGGGACUAGCGUGAGCGCGUCACCAUGAAAGGGGGUCACCAGCAUCGGGGAUGUGGGUGUCAUCACCUGCUCCGUAAAGUGCUCACCAAAUGUGGCUGCUGUUACGUCCAUGUCGGAGAACCGUACUCUGUGGCAGUGAGUGAGGGGGAUCUUAGCACCUCAGCAGGCUCCAUGUCCCACCAGGCCUCGGGCAGCUCCGGCCCUUGCUCGCCCCCCUUGCCCGGGGGGUCACGGCGCCCCGUCAGCACGCUCAAGAAGUGGCUCACCAGUCCCGUCCGUAAGCUGAGCUCUGACAGCAGAGGGGGAGCGGGUAAGGGGGAGAGGCAGAUGUCGGGGCUGGAUGGGAAGCCACCAUCUCUUCCCAUCUCCCACAGCCAGCCUCAGGGAAACUCCCUGGAUCGCCACAACAACUGCACCAUCCUCUCCUUUACAGACGCAGACACAGAGGGGGAAAAUGGUCUGCUGAGUCCAGCAGCACAACCUCCAUCAGAACCACGCAGCCAGAGCAACCCGUCUGACCAUCUGCAAGACAGAGACAAUUACAGCCUGAGUCACCAAUCCAACUCCAACAUCUACCCGGGUGAAAGUGUCUGCACCAUGGCUGAAGACUCAUCAAGCCAAUGGUCUGCUUCAGUUGACAGUGAAGAGGAAAGAAAAAUGGCCUUAGAAAAGAGCAUAUAUGUGCUGACGGAGCUGGUGGAGACGGAGAGACUGUACGUGGAGGAUCUUGGACUGAUAGUAGAGGGCUACAUGGGCACCAUGGCCAACCAAGGAGUUCCUGAGGACAUGAAGGGGAAGGACAAGAUAGUUUUCGGAAACAUCCAUCAGAUCUAUGACUGGCACAAAGACUAUUUCCUGGGAGAGCUUGAGAACUGUGUGAGCGAGCCAGACCGACUUGCCGACCUCUUCAUCAAACACGAACGGCGUCUUCACAUGUAUGUGGUGUACUGUCAGAACAAACCUAAGUCGGAGCACAUCGUCUCCGAGUACAUUGACUCCUACUUUGAGGAUCUCAGGCAGCAGUUGGGCCACAGACUACAGCUCAAUGACCUGCUCAUCAAGCCCGUUCAGAGGAUCAUGAAGUAUCAACUACUGCUGAAGGACUUCCUGAAGUACUACAGUAAAGCAGGAAGGGACGUCGCGGAGUUAGAGAGAGCGGUGGAGGUCACGUGUUUUGUACCCAAACGCUGUAAUGACAUGAUGAAUGUGGGCAGGCUCCAAGGCUUCGAGGGCAAAAUCACAGCUCAGGGGAAGCUGCUCCAGCAGGACACCUUCUCUGUCAGUGAGCAGGAAAAGGGCGUCUUCUCCAAGGCCAAGGAGAGGCGGGUCUUCUUGUUUGAGCAGCUGGUCAUCUUCAGCGAACCAAUUGACAAGAAGAAAGGGUUCUCUUUGCCAGGGUACACUUUUAAAAACAGCAUCAAGGUCAGCUGUUUGGGUGUGGAGGACCACUCCAAGCAGGAUCCAUGCCUCCUUGCCUUGACCUCCCGGGGGACCGAUGGCAGUGUGACGCGGUUCAUCAUGCAGGCGCUGUGCCCAGAGACGUGCUGGGCUUGGGUCAAUGACGUGGUCCAGAUCUUGGAAAGUCAGAGGAACUUCCUCAAUGCCCUUCAAUCCCCGAUAGAGUACCAACGUCGGGAAAGCAAGUCGAGCAGCCUGGGCAGAGCCAUGAAGCCUCCCAUGACAUCGGCCGUCGGUCUGCGCCCUCGCUCCUCUGCAUCUAUGGACGGAAAGCAUCAGCCACACCUGCUCUCCUACAACGCCUCCUUACCCUCGCUGCAUCUGCCUAGCCAGGGCCAGGCCUCAGAGAAGGCUAGGAAGCAGAUCAGUUUUGUCCCAGAGAUGAAACAUUGCCAUGGACUCUCCAAUGGCCUACCGGGACUCAGCCAGCACAGCAUGCAGGGUAUGGCUGACAAUCUCCAUGGAAUCACAGUGAGCGAGAGCGGCUUGCAUCAUCCAAGCGACCUGGAUCAGCUGGCAGAGAGUGACCAGUGAGGGCCAGCGAGGGCCAGUGAUGAGCCUUGGGUUCACUGUACUCCCCUGGAAUAAGAGCUCCUCCAAGCAGUCUGCAGGCCGAGACAAAUCUUAACACGCAUAGUCGACCUGCUUAGUAAUUUUCAGGUAUCAGCUAAGAUUGUGUGAUUUUGCUGUCAGGAUGUUUUGUACCGAACCUCCUCUGAAACUUUGACGUGUACCGCCACGACGCAGGCAAGGACUCCCAAUACCACCCUCUGAUCUUGUAUGACAAUCUUCUUCCGAUUGUGCACCUGUGCGUGCGUGCGCGUGCGUGCGUGUACUGUAUGGGUGGCCCGUGUUCGUCAUGGGGGGGGGGGGUCGUGUAUCUGUGAUGAUCAGAAAUGCAAAUGAUUUGAUAGAUAUUUUUCUAGUGCAAAGAGAGAUAAGAGCGGACUUCUCUACCAAUCUUUUUUUUUUCAAACUCUCGAGUGUUUUUCUAUCGUACUCUAUUUUCCAAUAAGGGACCAUUCCGCCAUUUUUCUUCAACUCCCUCUUUGCUAAUUUAAUAAAAAUCCGGUUGACGACUCGCGCGCACAGUAGUGCGUCCCAUGAUGACUGAGUCCUUGACUUGUCUCUCCCAGCACCGGGUCGCCAUUGUGUCAUGUGUGUGGACCUUUAAAGAUUUACUGUCGCCCCCGACUCCACUGUGGAAUAAUACGUACGGGCCCUGCACGCCCCGCAAAGUAGCAGUGGACACGUUUCCCCCUUUGGGGGGGGGGGCUAUUUUAACCCUGCCAUUGUUAAAAUGUUAUCUGAAGAGAACACUCGCAAACGCAGACAAAGCUCACGUCGUAAUCAAGUGAAGAGAGGAAAGAGGGGAACGGAGAUAAAACGAGUUGCUCAUCUGUCAAUGUCAUCUCGAAUGUAAAUAAUAUCACGUGGGAUCAUAUGAAUAAAAUGGCGUCAU